CUAAGCAUCUAUGGAGUGGCAACGGUCAUCUACAACCUCUUCUUCCACCCCUUACGCCACUACCCGGGACCCAAGCUAUGGGCAGCUACGCCUCUACCCGCAGCCAUCAACAUCCUCCGAGGCACUCCCCACCUGACCAUUCUGGAACUGCACAAGCGCUACGGCGACGUCGUCCGCGUUGGACCCAACGAGCUGGCACUUGCACACGCUGACGCUUGGAAGGAUGUCUGUGGACACCUCAAGCGCGGGCAAGACGAGAACGGAAAAGACCCAAAGUACGGCAACGAAGAGAUGGACAAGAGCCUUAUUUCGGCAUCACGC